UCUCUUGGGGGAGGGUUGUACGCGUGGUCAAACACACAGUCGAGAUUGACAGCUGCUGAGCUCCACAAUGUAUUGUGCACUUUUCUUAAACUCGUUUCGGCACUUUGUCCUGAAGAAAAAAGUAUUUGCUUACAGUUUUAAACAUAGUACUGCCAUGUCCACUUUGCUGAUUAACCAGCCAAAGUAUUCCUGGCUAAAAGAACUCGGCCUAAAGGAAGAAAACGACGGCGUGUACAACGGCACCUGGUCUGGACGAGGCGAGGUCAUUACUACUUACUGUCCUGCAAACAAUGAGCCUAUCGCCAGAGUGCGCCAAGGAAGUUUGCAAGACUAUGAAGAAACUGUGCAAAAAGCGAAGGAAGCAUGGAAGAUCUGGGCAGAUAUUCCAGCACCAAAACGAGGAGAAAUUGUAAGACAAAUUGGUGAUGCCCUAAGAAAGAAAUUAAAAGUCCUUGGGAGCCUGGUUUCUCUUGAAAUGGGCAAGAUUUUUGUAGAAGGUGUUGGUGAAGUUCAAGAAUAUAUAGACAUAUGUGAUUAUGCAGUUGGCCUUUCUCGAAUGAUUGGUGGGCCAGUACUACCUUCAGAACGACCAGGUCAUGCUUUGAUUGAACAGUGGAACCCAGUUGGUCUGGUUGGCAUCAUUACUGCCUUUAACUUUCCAGUAGCUGUUUAUGGUUGGAACAAUGCAAUUGCACUUAUUUGUGGAAAUGUUUGUCUCUGGAAAGGUGCCCCCACGACUCCUUUAACCAGUAUUGCUGUUACAAAAAUAGUUGCAGAUGUUUUGGAAGAAAACAAACUUCCAGGUGCUAUUUGUUCGAUGACUUGUGGAGGCGCUGACAUUGGCACUGCUCUUGCAAAGGAUGAGCGAGUGGAUCUAGUUUCCUUCACUGGCAGUACUAGUGUAGGCAAACAGGUGGCCUUAAUGGUACAAGAAAGGUUUGGAAGACAGUUGCUUGAACUUGGAGGAAAUAAUGCUAUAAUAGUUUUUGAAGAUGCUGAUUUGAGUUUAGUAAUCCCUUCUGCACUUUUUGCUGCUGUUGGAACUGCUGGGCAGCGGUGCACUACAACCAGAAGACUGAUUCUUCAUGAAAGCAUUCAUGAUGAGGUGGUAGAAAAGUUAGCAAAGGCCUAUAAGCAAGUGAGAAUUGGUGAUCCCUGGGACCCCAACACAUUAUAUGGUCCCCUUCACACCAAGCAGGCAGUAGAGAUGUACAAGGCUGCAGUUAACCAAGCUAAACAACAAGGUGGCACAGUUGUUUGUGGAGGAAAAGUGAUGGAUCGCCCUGGUAAUUAUGUGGAGCCUACGAUUAUCACUGGUCUGUCUCACAAUGCACCGAUUGUUCAUACAGAAACAUUUGCCCCUAUACUGUAUGUUCUCAAAUUUAAGUCUGAGUGUGAAGCAUUUGCUUGGAACAAUGAGGUCAAGCAAGGAUUGUCCAGUAGCAUAUUUACUAAGGAUAUGGGAAGAGUGUUCCGCUGGCUUGGACCAAAAGGAUCAGAUUGUGGUAUUGUCAAUGUCAACAUUCCAACAAGUGGCGCUGAAAUAGGUGGAGCAUUUGGGGGAGAAAAGCACACUGGUGGAGGCAGAGAAUCAGGCAGCGAUUCCUGGAAACUUUAUAUGAGAAGAUCUACUUGCACUAUCAACUACAGCAAGGAUCUGCCUUUAGCCCAAGGAAUUAAAUUUGAAUGAAAAAAUCAAGAAGAAUUUCCCAGCAGAUUUAGCACUUUCUAAUGUAUUUUUGCAAAAAAAAGCUGAUGAAUUUUUCAGAAUCAAAAUACUGUCCCCAUAUGUUACAUAAUGCAUAAAUACUUUAAAUCAAAAAACUAACAUUUCAGAAUGCCGUCCAACUACCACAUUUCCAUGUGAAAUUUCCAUUUCUUAUGUGAGCAUACAGUAGCUUGUACAAGUUAUAGAUUUCAUUUGACAUUUUCUGAAGCACUAUAAAAUGGUUGCCUGUGUCCAGAAAAUCAAUGUGACGUUUCAAUAUAACAGUAUUCAUAUAAAAUAUGCAGAAUUUUUUCCCCUUUGUUUUGUUCAAUUUAUAAACUAUCAUGAUGCUUUCUUUAAAAUCUUCUUUUUAUAUGUACAACGUACAUAUUUGUGGUAGUUGCAUUAAAUAUAAAUUUAUACCAGUA